AUGGAGAAAGAAAAUGAUGUGUUGACAGGAAGUGGUCCUAUAUUCAAAGGAACAGAUGGCAUUAACGAACUCCCUGAAUUCUUAGCAGCCCUACGAUUGUGGUUUGUUAGUAAGUCAAUUGAAAAAGAUGACAAGAAAGUAAGAGAGUUGAUUGGCAGAUUAAGAGGAAGUGCCAUAGACUGGUUUGAUGGAUUUUCAGAAGCCAACGAUAUCAACGAGACUACAUAUGAACAGGUAACAACUUCUCUACAAGACUAUUAUGGUUGUACGGUCUCAAAGUUCUAUCUUUGGUCUCAGUUCAUAAAACAUAGACAAAGUGGUUCCUUAAAUGAGUAUAACACUAAAUUUAGGAAUCAAGUAAAGUUAUUUUCUGAGAAUAAUCGACCUGACAAAGAGAUACAGUUAUUACAGUACGUUCAUGGCCUAAGGGCAGGGACUAGAGAGUAUAUUUGUAGGAAUAACCCUGAAACUAUACUAGAAGCUCAACGACUAGCAAAUUUAGUGGGAAUUGGCCGAUGAACCUACCAAAAGUCAAGAGACACCAAGGUCCACUUUUGAUUUCAAAAGAGGUGCAGGUAGAAACCCCAAGGGAAGCAACGAAAACGACAGUAACCGAUGGAAAACUCGUCGACUCAACGGGAAUCAGCAACAUCAAGGAGUAACGCCCCGCAGAAAUACAGCGGAGCCUCAACUUUGUUUUACUUGCAACAAACCGGGUCAUUACAGUAGGCAAUGUCCUGAGAAGAGUAGAUUUGACAGAACGACGUUUCUUAUAACACCUCAAUCUGAAUAUGAUGAACACCUGUAUAACCACGAAAACGUACUGGAAAGACAUCAACAGCAGAAAGCGCAACUUCCCAAGACAGGGAACCGAAAGGAGAUUGAAAUAGAAACAAACAAACGAGUUAAGGUUAAAACCAUAUUGGACACAGGUGCUCCAACAUCAUUCGUUCACAAGAAUUUAGUAAGAAGACUGGAACUACAGUGUGUACCAGUACCAUUGUAUAGAUUCAAAGGAGCACUACCACUCCACAUUGGAAGCGCACAAAAAGCAGCUAUGGUAAAAUUCACUUAUCGAAGAAAGCGUUACAAUGUGCAAUGUUACGUGACAGAAGAUCUCACUGCGCAACUAAUCAUAGGCAAUCCGAUCUUGGAAGAGUUCCCCGAACUCAUGAGCACGGAAAACAAGGAAGCGAUCAACAAGGAAGGUCUGGAGAUUGAUCAAAUAGAGGAUAACGACAUACAAGAUCAGUAUGAAGGAGAUACCGAGAUUUUCACUGUACAGCUAGAGGAAAAUGAAUGUAACAGAACCGAUGACACUUUUAGAAGGUUACCAGAGAGCUUACAGGCAAAAUAUCGAACGACAGUCAGGAAUGAUCUACCACCGCGAGAGGAACAUAUGGGAAAAGUACAACACGAGAUAAACACUUUACCAGACAAACCACUCCCUAGGUUACAACCUUACAGACUAACACCGAAGAACGAGCUUAUUGUCCAAAACCUGGUGGCCGAACUCAUCGAGAAAGGGUUCAUUGUACCAUCCAAAUCUCCCUGUAGCUCCCCAAUUCGUCUUGGUCAAGAAGAAAGAUGAGUCAUUUAGACUUUGUGUUGACUAUAGACAGUUGAAUCGAGCUACUGUAAAGGAUCCAUUCCCUUUACCACACAUAGAGACAUUACUGGGAAAAAUUGAAAAUGCACAGUGGUUUUCCACUAUUGAUCUGCACAGCGGAUACCAUCAAAUACAAGUUAAACAAACCGACCAGUAUAAAACGGCAUUUGUAACACCCUCUGGGAAAUAUGAAUACCGUGUAAUGCCUUUUGGACUGGUAAACGCACCUAGUACUUUUGCGCGAUAUAUGGCCGACUUAUUUCGUGGAGUUCCAUAUGUGUGUGUUUACCUGGACGACAUUUUAACGUUUUCAGAGACAGAAGAGGAACACUGGAACCAUUUAGAUCAUGUUUUAGGUAUCCUAAAAAGGGAGAGGUUGAUAGCGAAGCUCAAGAAAUGCCAUUUCUUCGAAGAAAAAGUCGAGUUUUUAGGAUACCAACUGAGCUAUAAUGCUAUCCGGCCCAUUCAAGAAAAGUGCGAAGCCAUCGCAGCUUACCCCACGCCAAAGACCAUCAAAGAGGCACAGAGAUUUUUGGGAACUAUUAAUUACUAUCGUAAGUUCAUACCACGAUGCUCAGAAAAAGCAAGAAGUAUUAUUAAGUUUAUUACGCAAGAAUCUAAGUGGGGAGAAGCCCAGAAUAAGUCCUUUGCAGAAUUGAAAAAAGCAUUAAUGCAAGAACCUUUGUUAGUACCAUUUAAACGCGAUGGAAUAUAUAGAGUUACCACUGACGCUUCCAAGGAAGGAGUGGGUGCAGUGUUGGAAGAAAUACAAGAAGGGAAAGUAGAAGGCGUCGUCGCAUAUUUCUCUAAAUCACUACAAGGAGCUCAAAAGAACUACCCUGCAGGGGAAUUAGAAUUACUUGGAAUCAUAGAAGCAUUGAGACAUUUCAAGUACUUAUUACAUGGUAAAGAAUUUACUUUACGGACUGACCAUAUCAGCUUACUUGCUUGCCAAAGGUUUGAAAGAACCAAAUCGACGCAUUGCAACUUGGCUGAAUGAGCUCAGUGAGUUCGAUGUAAAAUUAGAAUACUUAUCCGGCAAGGAUAACGUAGUUGCUGACGCAAUAUCUAGAGCGGAUUAUCCCGAUGUUAUGAUUCUAGACACUGUAACAUCGGUAGAACCCAAUCUAUGGCUCGAGGAGCUGAAGGCAGAUCCGCUGGGAGCGGCUGCAUUACGUUUUUUGGAUAUCGUGGACACAGUAUGUGUGUCGGACGAGGAUCUAAGUGCAUACGAGAAGUAUCGCAAGAAGUUUCGUCUGUCCGAACAGUUUCGGCAGAAGUUUAGCUAUCCGGAGGAUAGGCUGUAUUAUGACCAAGGCUGGUCGUACCGAUGUUGAGACAUCGCGAGAUUUUAGAAACAUACCAUGAUCACACACUAUUCGGAGGACACUUCGGCACUAAUAUUACUUUCGCUAAAAUUGCAAAUGUAUAUUAUUGGCCCAGGCAGUACCGAACUGUGGAUCAGUAUGUGCGUAGCUGUUUGCAAUGUCAAUUGAUGAAGGCACAUCGCCCACGGAACCAAGGACUCUUUAAAACCCUCGCAGAUUGCGGAGGGCAGGUGGAGGCACUUGUCAAUGGAUUUUGUUACAGGACUACCCAAGACCAUUGAUGGUCAGGAUAUGAUCUUAGUAGUGGUUGACCGGUUUUCAAAAAGAGCACAUUUCGUUGCAUGUCGAGAAACGCUAACUUCACAGGGAGUUAUCGAUUUACUGUUUCGAUAUGUUUUUGGAUACCAUGGAUUCCCACAUACUAUUGUCAGUGAUAGAGACACCCGAUUUACUUCAGACUUAUACCAACAGCUUACUAAACGCCUCGGUAUUAAGCUGCUAUUUUCGAGUACUAACCACCCCCAAACAGACGGACAAACCGAGCGAUGCAUACAAGUACUAUCCCGAUUGAUGAGAACUUACACACAAGCAGCUGCGACCACUUGGCAUACUUGGCUCCCACACAUCGAGUUUGUUUACAAUGCAACCUACAACACCGCCAUUCAUGCCUCACCAUUCGAAGUCGAUCUAGGAUAUUGCCCUAAUGAACCCCUUCUAGACAACACGACACAGGGCAACGCUAGAGACACCCCAAGGACUGAACUAACGGAACAACUGCAGGCCCUAACAAUGCGAACGAAGGACUACCUCAUUGAAAACCAAGUAACCAUGGAAACUUCGAAGAACGAGGGAAGAAAAGAUAUUAGGUUCAAAGUUGGAGAAUGGGUCCUAUUACAUCGAGAUUCACACUUCACAAAAACAACCCAUCCCAAGACGGCCCCGAUCUAUUUGGGACCAUAUCAAAUAACGAAAGUUGUGAACGAUAACGCCUACGAAUUGAAUAUCCCCAACCAUCCCAUCUUACACAAAGUUGUGAAUGUACAAUGGCUUAAGAAAUACAUACACAGAUCAAAUGAAUACAAUAAGGCAGUACCAACAUCUUCCCUAGAAAAGAUCCUACGUGGAUCAGAAAUAAUGGAGGUUAUCGGAUUCGACACGUUAAACAAAAAAUACUUUUGUAAAAUGAGGGACGUAGACCCCACACUAACAGUUGAAUACGCCGAACACGAAUUCAAUUCUAUCCCCAGUAGUAGAAGGCAAGAAUUACUAGACCACUUUAAUCAAUCGCUCACAAUCAGAACGUCCCAGCGGGAGGAGGGGGAAGAUGUCAUGAAACAAUAA